ACAGCUAGAGGCUAGAAAGCGUGCGGGGAGUUCAUGAACGCCGCUCCUCUCCUGCAGUCACCACGGGGUGCGUGUAGCUGUUGGGGGGAAGGAUUAUACGCUGCUGGGCACAGCAUGACCACCCCACCUGCGGGAGCCCUCACCCAUGUGCCACAGCUCGUCACAGUGAGUUAAGACUUCCUGCUGUGGAAGACAAGAAUGGAAAGUUCAGGGGCUGCUGCUUAUUGAAAAUGGAGGAAACAAGGAAGCUUUCUCCAAAGCCGUGUAAGAGCAAAGAGCCAGUGAAAACAGAAUGGGGGGCUCAGAGUGUCGUCUUUACAUAUUUCCAAGGGGAUAUUAACAGCGUGGUGGACGAACACUUCUCUAGAGCUCUGAGCAAUGCCAGGAACCCACAAGACCUGAGCACAAAGCACAAGAGUGAGGUUGUCGUCCCGAAGCACGAUAGCAUGUCUCCUCACCAGUGGAAUUUCUCCUCACAUUGCUCCAAACCAUAUCCAUCAUCUUCCUCUACCAGCAUGUCCAACUCCGCUCUGGAUUUCCCUGCUGUUGCUAUGGCAGGGCAGUACCAGCCAGCAGCUCUGCGCACCCAUCCAGCACAGCCUGCAGACCUCUGGCCCUUCCCUUCCCUUGGCACUCCCAGUCUCACCAGCCCGGUGUAUCAUCACGCCGUGCCCGACCUGCACGUGGUGGAUGAACCCAUCUCCGACAGGAAAUACGGUUCCCUUCUUGGUCUUCUGCAACAGGAACGGUGUCUGAUGUCCAUGCAGGAAUGUGCUGUGAAGCAACACUCAAGUUCUACUUGUAUGACUGGACCUGCUAGAUUACAAAAUAUAAGCCAAAGUUCAGUUCCUGGGGGAGAGAGGAAAGCCAGCUCUUACCAAGGCUCAGAGAACCCCAGUGCAAGCCACGCCACUGCAGGUAUUCAGAUUCACGACAGAAGACGGGAUUUGUACUUUUAGCCACGGGACAUUUCUAUUUUAUUCCAACCAAGUUCUUGCCGUGAACUGUUCCUAUUUGUGACUGUGAAUCAAGAAGAAAUGAACUGCAGCAGUUCUCUGCUUUGUCUCUUAGAUGGAAGAAUACUAUUUACUGCUUUAGGAAUGAGAAAUUGCUCUCUCUGUUCAGAAAAUAUUUCUAGUAGUUGUGGUAUCGAAGCUGAUGGACCGUGUUUGUUGUGAAGAAUCGCUGUCUGCUUUAUGGCUUUCCACACUUAACCCUCUCUGAAAGGACUUUUGGCACUUUUUAAUCAUUGUUGAUAAGAAGCACAGUUAUAUCAGAGGGGUGCAAUUUGCUGCAGCUGCUUAUCUUGAUUUGAUAUCUCCGUAGUGUUUAAAAUAGUUGUAGACCGUGGGCUCCCAUUGCAAAAAGCUUCAAGGCAAGCGUGGGCCAGAAAAGCACAUCAUUAUCUUUAUUUUAACUACAUACUGCAAUUUGUAGCCCAUUACAGCACCUGGGCUGAUGUAACUCAUCUUAGUUCAGCAGCUGUAGCUUUUUAUGGUGCUGGUUAAAAAGGAAAAUAAGGAAAUCCCACCCUGUAUGAUACAAGUGUACUCUAGUGUAUACAAGAGCUAGCAUAUACAUGAAAACGCAUGCAAGAGGAACCAUGUUAACUGAGUGAAUAAAAGGUAGGCCAGCAUCCUACCAAUGUCCUAAAA